CAGUUCCGCCAUGGCCUCCGAGGAAGCGAGCGGUAGCCCUCGUAGGUCUCGGCGGGAGCCGGAGGGGCGCGUCCCGCGACAGGACAAGUAUUCGGUGCUUUUGCCCACUUACAACGAGCGCGAGAACCUACCGCUCAUCGUGUGGCUGCUGGUGAAAAGCUUCUCCGAGAGUGGAAUCAGCUAUGAAAUUAUAAUCAUAGAUGAUGGAAGCCCAGAUGGAACAAGGGAUGUUGCUGAACAGUUGGAGAAGAUCUAUGGGUCAGACAAAAUUCUUCUAAGACCACGUGAGAAAAAGUUAGGACUGGGAACUGCAUAUAUUCAUGGAAUGAAACAUGCCACAGGAAACUACAUAAUAAUUAUGGAUGCUGAUCUCUCACACCAUCCAAAAUUUAUUCCUGAAUUCAUUAGGAAGCAGAAGGAGGGUAAUUUUGACAUUGUCUCUGGAACUCGCUACAAAGGAAAUGGAGGUGUAUAUGGCUGGGAUUUGAAAAGAAAAAUAAUCAGCCGUGGGGCCAAUUUUAUAACUCAGAUUUUGCUCAGACCAGGAGCAUCUGAUUUAACAGGAAGUUUCAGGUUAUACCGAAAAGAAGUCCUACAGAAAUUAAUAGAAAAAUGUGUUUCCAAAGGCUAUGUCUUCCAGAUGGAGAUGAUUGUUCGGGCAAGGCAGUUGAAUUAUACUAUUGGCGAGGUUCCAAUAUCAUUCGUGGAUCGUGUUUACGGUGAAUCCAAGUUGGGAGGAAAUGAAAUAGUCUCUUUCUUGAAAGGAUUAUUGACUCUUUUUGCUACUACAUAAAAAGAAAGUUAUUCAUUAUACUUAUCAUGUUGAUUCAUUUAAACAUAAAAGAAGCCUGGUUGCUGAUUUUUAUAAAAUGUACUCUUAGAGCAUAAAUCAUAAGGUAAGGUAAAUUUCAUACAAAUCUUUUUUCUGAGGAAACUACAUUUUAUAUGUCAAAUUAAAUUAGAAAAACGAGCAGUGUUCUCAAUUUUCACUUGCAUUUUGCUGUAUUAAGACUUGUAAAUAAAUGUAUUUGGUUUGUUUUUUUUUUUUUAUCCCAGAAAAUAUUGCUUUCAUUAGAAUAUGAGUGCAGAAUUUCUUACAUGGGGAAGAUUUUGAAGUAUAUAAAAACUGGAUUCAUAGCUCUUUGUAAUAGUGUCAGAAGUAAGAAAAAUGUUAAUUUUAUUCAUGAAAUAUAUAUGGCUGUUUCUGUAUGAAUGAACAAGUAGACACAUCUGCCCCUUCUUAAAAAAUGUAUCUCAAAUUUCUUAGAUAAAAUAAUAUAUCCAGAUCACAAUUUUAGAAUUUGGCCCUUUGUAGCUGUUGUGUUGAUGAAGCAUUACAUCUGUCAAAGCAAGUCUAUUUAAAAUACAUACUGUGAAUUGGAAACUUGACAUCAGUUGAUGGCAUAGUUUUUUUCUCCCCUAUCCUGAGCAGUAGCUUCUAUCAGUAAGAAAAGAAUACUGAUGACAUAUUAAGGUAUCGAUAUUUUAAUGACUUUUAAGACUUAGCUGCUAUAGCACUUUUUAAACAUCUUACUCUUACUAAGCUGUAAGUGUUCUGCCAGGUAAAUUGCAGGCUAAGUUGUUCCUGAAAGCCAGCACGAAUGUUCUGUGUACCUAUCUUGUCUAACCUGGGUGUUUCAAAAACACGAAAUUUCUAACUGUAGUAUAGCUUAUGGAACAUACAGUAUCUUUUAAGUUUGCAGGAAGUCAUACUUUGAGCAAAUAAGCUUAGAAACGAGUUGACUUGCAGAUAAGAGACAUCUCUAAGUUAUUUAACAAGCAUAUUUAUUGAACUGUAUUCCUAAUUACAUUUUCCUGGCUUAAUUCGGCUGCUAAAGAAACCCAAAGUCUGAUUUUUCCAUUGCAUUUCUAACAGAUACUACCAGAAAUUAAUACCAGGACAUAAAACCUUUGGUGUCAUUUUGAACAUUACCUAUUCCCAUAAUUGAAUCCAUAGGACACAUUCCAAUAGGGCCUCUACUAUUCUGUUUCCCUUUUACACGGAGCUAUGUAGCCAGCCAGCACACUACAGACCCACCUCCCUUGGGGAAGUGACGUCUCUUCGUCGUUAAUAACUAGAAAGUUCAUCACUAUUGGAUGUAAAAUUAGUUUUAAGCUAAUGAAACACAGUACUUGCUGUUGUGGUUGAAUGUUUAGAAUCUCUUCUACUUCAUCUAAACCCAGAGUUUUUAUUGUCAGGUCUGUGGAGCAGAGAUGAAGUAACUACCUCAGAACUCACUAGAGUAGAUAGCUAUCUUUUGCCUUUUUAAUCUUUUUGGUUCUUACACCCACAGUCAUUACAACACUGUCACUAUUGGAGUUUAUAGUAAAGAAAGUAUUUGAGCAAUGAAGACUUUUCAUUACUUAGAAGUUAUUUAGAAAAUCUGGACUAUUUAGAUGCAUUUUUUAAGUAAAUAUGAUGAGCACUAAAAUAUUCUUAAACAUUUACAUGUCAAUCUAGCAUCUCUUUUUACUUUGUAAAUUAGGCCAAGGACGAAAUCCAGAUGUUUUCCCUUUGUAUCUGUAUUAUCACUGUAUGAAAUCUAAGUAUAUCUAAGAAAAACUAAACUUGGGAUAAAAUUAUUUUGCUUA